GCAAAUUAUUUUUCAAAUACAAGUAUCAUCACUUCAACAUAUUUUACAAUUUUACUUAUACUAUAAUAAGUAGAGGGUACGCCUACUUUUAGUGAUUACCGAUUGCGCCGGUAAAAUAAAAAUCAAGUCCGAUGGCCGUAUUUAACGAUCAUAAUGCUGCCAUUAAUUUAAAAAUUUUGAAACAAUGCGGUUUUUAUCAAAUAUUCUAUCCUAAUGGUGAAAAUAUAUUCGGUUGGAAUAUUUACAGACUUUCUUUUAUAGCAUUAACAGUGAUAACCCAGUGUCUAAUUGGUUUCGGGAACUGUGGGUUUUUAUUUGAUUUGGAAGACACUAUUGACAACAUUGAUUUAUUUCUUAUCAUAUUCUCUAACGCAUUUAAUUAUCUUACUCUAUGGAAAGUGAUCAUACUUAUGUUCUACAGAAACAAGAUUUUGGACCUUAUGGACGUUACUUCUUUAAAGUUUUUGAAUAGCGAACAUUGUCAACGUAACAUUAAAAUACUCUACAAACAUCGUAACAGAGCUCUACAACGAUCAAAAUUAUAUUUUAAUUUCUGCAUUUUGGUGUACAUUCCAUGGAUUAUAUAUCCAAUUAUAAUAAACUCGUUCGUAGCAAAUAAAAAUGACAAUCGGCGUUUAGAGAACAUUAUAAACAGACGAUAUCCUAUGGCUGUCAACACUUACAAUCAGUAUUAUGUCCUGUUUUACAUAAUCGAGACGAUUAUAGCUAUAAAGUCAUUAUACUUAGUAUUGAUGAUCGAUAUAUUAUUAUUGUCUAUUGGUUGGGCGAUAAUCGUUCAGUACGAAGUAUUGGCUGUAACGUUUAAGAACAUUGGGAAUAUUAUAAACCUUCGAAAGGAUCAUGAUUAUAAUAACGUUGUCGAUGAAGAUGAUUGUAAAAUUUUUAAAUCGAUUAUAUUUGAUCAACAACAACUUGAUCUGAAAGUAAAAUUGUAUUUUUUCAUAGUGAAGCCUAUUGUUUUAAUGCACGUUGCUAUUAGUUCCGGCUUAAUCAUAAUGUUGUCAAACGCAUUCAUUAUGGUUGUAUUAUCAACAGAAUCAUUUGCUAUAACAAUUGUAAAUUUAUUCAAAAUCGGGGUUGGAAUUUUCUAUUUGUGUCUACAGUUAUUUCUGUAUUGUUAUUUAUUCGAUAAUAUUAACUUGAAGAGAGAAUCUGUCAACUUUGGAAUAUAUUCAUGUAAUUGGACAAAGUUGAAUUUAAUAUUUAAAAAGCGAUUAUUAUUAACUAUGCAGAUAAAUGAUGCUAAUCGAAUAUCAAUGAAAGCUUCAACGAAAAAAAUAGUUAACUUACAACUAUUUGCUAAUGUUUUGACGAUGUCUUACAACAUUAUAUCCGUCAUGGUAAAAACAAUUGGUAAACAAUAAGAUCCAUAGAUACACCACGCAAUAUAUAAUAAUCAACUGCUUAUUUUCACUAACAAUUUUCGAUAUUUAUAUAAAAAUUGAUGAAAUUUUAUUUAAUAAUAAUUAAGUAUACAUAACCAAUUAACUUGUUUUUAAAUAAUCUAGUUAAGAGGUAUACAUGUCUGAUACUGUAAUAAUUCAAUUGUGUAUUACAAUAAGAAAUGAUACCAAUAGUUAUAUAUAACCUGGCGUGGUGAAGUGAAAUUUUAUCGGGCAAUUCUUUUUUGGAUAACCUACCACCCCUUGAUUAUUACGCAAU